CAGUCUCCCCCCACCCCCUUGAAAGUACUUAUUUGACAGGGCACAGUCAGAAAGAGCUUGCACUCCCACCAAGGUUCAGUAAGACACAGACGCUCAGUCUCCUUCCUCGGCUCUCUUUUGGAACAUUUGGUGGAGCCAAGCAACAAAAUAAGCAGCCAUGGAUGCCAUCAAGAAGAAGAUGCAGAUGCUUAAGCUCGACAAGGAGAAUGCUUUGGACAGAGCUGAGGGAGCCGAGGGAGACAAGAAGGCAGCAGAGGACAAGAGCAAACAGCUCGAGGAUGACGUGGUAGCUCUGCAGAAGAAGCUGAAGGGAACAGAGGAUGAGUUGGACAAGUACUCUGAGUCUCUUAAGGAUGCACAGGAGAAACUUGAGCUGGCUGAGAAGAAAGCCACUGAUGCUGAGGCCGAUGUCGCUUCCCUUAACAGACGUAUCCAGCUGGUUGAGGAGGAGUUGGAUCGUGCUCAGGAGCGUCUGACAACUGCCCUGACCAAGCUGGAGGAGGCUGAGAAGGCAGCUGAUGAGUCUGAGAGAGGCAUGAAGGUCAUUGAGAACAGAGCCUCCAAGGAUGAGGAGAAGAUGGAGCUGCAGGAGAUCCAGCUGAAGGAGGCCAAGCACAUCGCCGAGGAGGCUGACCGCAAAUAUGAGGAGGUUGCCCGUAAGCUGGUCAUCAUUGAGAGUGAUCUGGAGCGUACAGAGGAGCGCGCUGAACUUUCAGAAGGACGGAUUCGAAGAUCGGAGGACGAGCUAAGAGUUUUGGAACAAAGCUUAAAAUCACUUACAGCUUCCGAAGCAAAGUACUCACAUAAGGAGGACAAGUAUGAGGAGGAGAUGAAGGUCCUCACCGACAAGCUGAAGGAGGCUGAGACACGUGCUGAGUUCGCUGAGAGAUCAGUAACCAAGCUUGAGAAGACCAUUGACGACUUGGAAGAUGAGUUGUAUGCCCAGAAACUGAAGCACAAGGCCAUCAGUGAGGAGCUGGACCACGCCCUCAAUGACAUGACUUCCAUGUAAUUCUUCAACUGUGCUGCCUGCUUGUGCCUCUGUCGCCUCCUUGCAACUCACCUCCCCAUUGUCCAGCCAUCACACCCUUCUGUUCUGUCUCUGAUGUUCUCCAUCUGUCUGCUGUUUUGUGUUCAUACAAAAUAAAGUGGUUACUGUUAGAAAGCAGCUAUUUCAUUUUUAUACACAAGGUAGUCUUAAGGUCAUAGUCAAGGGAUGGGCUUAAGGGUGGUUGUAUAUUGUCUGUAAGUACGGGCCAAUUAUGUGGUAAGUGUUUAAGCUCAGUGGUUUCCUCUCACACUAACUUGCGUGUGGUUGUGAGGACAUUCUCGCCAUGAUAGUCAGUAACCAUUUUAGCAGUACAGUGCGUGAGCCUAGAGACUUGUUUUGUAUGAACAGAACACAGCAUGGAGGUUCUUUGUUUACUGAUUUGGACUUUCAUUUGGACCAUAUUGUAUUACUUUUUACAUCCUUAAUUUUUUUUGUAAGUAUUUGAAAUGUACAUUGUUCAACCAACAAAAUUAAAGUCUUAAUUUCAAAAUAUUCAGUAUAUUUUGUCAACCCUUAAUGCAUGCGAGGUGUCUAUUGAAAUGCAAUACAACUCUUUGUAUUUCAAUGUGAGCCUUCUACUGGGUCUUACAUUGAGAAACACAAUGUGCUUUGUUUCUUUUCUGUACCUUUUCAAGUGUAGCUCACUUGUAUCUACUACUAACAAGGUCUACUUCUGUAUGGAAGAAAGGCCCCCUUGAAGUUCCUUUUUGUUCUGUGAUAACCACAGUUGAGGGUGAACUGCACAAUCUGUUUGCUUUUGGAAGGUGGGUUUUUGUCCGGUGUCCCUUUGGCAUCUGAGCAAAUGCAGACUUUGUCAAUCCAAAUCUGUAUGACAGAGUGGUUUAUUCAAGUGACUCUUCUCAUGACUCCACGGAAAGGUCUUCAUGUGAUCAGAGAAGUUUGGUCCGACCUUUUGUGUUUUGAGGUGGUUGAGUAGUUGCCAUACGUUUUCUGUAUUCCUCAGUGGGGCAUUGUGGCUCUAGACUGCUGUGGCUCCAGUAGCGCUGGUGUGUUGCUAAACGUGUCACUCUUCCAACAGAAUCUUUGUGUUGUGGUAAAAUAAAAGCUUACAUAGAAGGAAGUUUCUGUUAUCUCAAGCGCUCUAAUAAAACUAGGAUGCCUUGAUGUUAGUCAAGUUUUCCUUGUUUUUAUAUCUCAGAAAAUCAUAAUUUAUUUUAUUUAACCAGGUAGGCCAGUUGAGAACAAGCUCUCAUUUACAACUGACCUGGGCAAGAUAAAGCAAAGCAGUGUGACAAAAACAGAGUUGCACAUAAACAAACGUUACCGUCAAUAACACAAUAGAAAAAUCUAUGUACAGUGUGUGCAAAUGUAGGGAGGUAGGCAAGAAAUAGGCCAUAGAGAGGAAAAAUAAUUACAAUUUAGCAUUAAUACUGGAGUGAUUGUGCAGAUGAUGAUAUUCAAGUAGAGAUACUGGGGUGCAAGAGGGUAAGUAAUAAUAUGGGGCUGAGGUGUGCUAUUUACAGAUUGGCUGUGUACAGUGAUUGGUAAGCUGCUCUGACAGCUGAUGCUUAAAGUUAGAGGGAGAUCUAAGACUCCAGCUUCAGAGAUUUUUGCAAUUUAUUCCAGUCAUUGGCAGCAGAGAACUGAAAGGAAAGGUGACUAAAGGAAGUGUUGACUUUGGGGAUGACCAGUGCAAUAUACCUGCUGGAGCGUGUGCUACGGGUGGGUGUUGCUAUGGUGACGAGUGAGCUGAGAUGGCGGGGCUUUACCUAGAAACGACUUAUAGAUGACCUGGAGCCAGUGGGUUUGGCAACGGAUAUGUAGUGAGGGCCAGCCACCGAUAGCAUACAGGUCGGCAGUGGUGGGUAGUAUAUGGGGCUUUGGUGCUAAAACGGAUGGCGCUGUGAUAGACUACAUCCAGUUUGCUGAGUAGAGUGUUGGGGGGCUAUUUUGUAAAUGAGAUCACCAUAGUCAAGUAUCGGUAGGAUAGUCAGUUUAGCGAGGGUAUGUUUGGCGGCAUGAGUGAAGGAUGCAUUGUAGCAAAAUAGGAAGCUGAUUUUCAUUUUGGAUUGGAGAUGCUUAAGGAGAGUUUACAGUCUAACCAGACACCUAGGUAUUUGUAGUUGUCCACAUUCUAGGUCCGAACCGUCCAGAGUAGUGAUGGUGGGAGGGUGCUGGCAGCGAUCUGUUGAAGAGCAUGCACUUAGUUUUACUAGCAUUUAAAAGCAGUUGGAGGCCACGGAAUGAGAGUUGUAUGGAGUUGAAGCUCAUUUGGAGGGUUGUUAGCACAGUGUCCAAAGAAGGGCAAGAUGUAUACAGAAUGGUGUCGUCUGCGUAGAUGUGGAUCAGAGAAUCACCAGCAGCCAGAGCGACAUCAUUUUUACAUACAGUGGGGAGAACAAGUAUUUGAUACACUACCGAUUUUGCAGGUUUUCCUACUUCCAAAGCAUGUAGAGGUCUGUAAUUUUUUAUCAUAGGUACACUUCAAUUGUGAGAGACUGAAUCUAAAACAAAAAUCCAGAAAAUCGCAUUGUAUGAUUUUUUUAGUAAUUAAUAUGCAUUGUAUUGCAUGACAUAAGUAUUUGAUACAUCAGAAAAGCAGAACUUAAUAUUUGGUACAGAAACCUUUGUUUGCAAUUAAAGAGAUCAUGCGUUUCCUGUAGUUCUUGACUAGGUUUGCACACACUGCAGCAGGGAUUUUGGCCCACUCCGCCAUACAGACCUUCUAAAGAUCCUUCAGGUUUUGGGGCUGUCGCUGGGCAAUACGGACUUUCUGCUCCCUCCAAAGAUGUUCUAUUUUCCAUUGGCUUCAGGUCUGGAGACUGACUAGGCCACCCCAGGGCCUUGAGAUGCUUCUUACGGAGCCACUCCUUAGUUGCCCUGGCUGUGUGUUUCAGGUCGUUGUCAUGCUGGAAGACCCAGCCACGACCCAUCUUCAAUGCUCUUACUGAGGGAAGGAGGUUGUUGGCCAAGGUCUUGCGAUACAUGGCCCCAUCCAUCCUCCCCUCAAUACGGUGCAGUCGUCCUGUCCCCUUUGCAGAAAAGCAUCCCCAAAGAAUGAUGUUUCCAUCUCCAUGCUUCACGGUUGGGAUGGGGUUGUACUCCUCCUUCCUCCAAACACGGCAAGUGGAGUUUAGACAAAAGCUCUUUUUGGGGGGGGGUCUCAUCAGACACAUUGACCUUCUCCCAUUUCCUCCUCUGGAUCAUCCAGAUGGUCAUUGGCAAACUUCAGACGGGCCUGGACAUGUGCUGGCUUGAGCAGGGAGACCUUGCGUGCCCUGCAGGAUUUUAAUCCAUGACGGCGUAGUGUGUUACUUAUGGUUUUCUUUGAGACUGUGGUCCCAGCUCUCUUCAGGUCGUUGACCAGGUCCUGCCGUGUAGUUCUGGGCUGAUCCCUCACCUUCCUCAUGAUCAUUGAUGCCCCAUGAGGUGAGAUCUUGCAUGGAGCCCCAGACCGAGGGUGAUUGACCGUCAUCUUGAACUUCUUCCAUUUUCUAAUAAUUGCGCCAACAGUUGUUGCCUUCUCACCAAGCUGUUUGCCUAUUGUCCUGUUGCCCAUCCCAGCCUUGUGCAGGUUUACAAUUUUAUCCCUGAUGUCCUUACACAGCUCUCUGGUCUUGGCCAUUGUGGAGAGGUUGGAGUCUGUUUAAUUGAGUGUGUGGACAGGUGUAUUUUAUACAGGUAACGAGUUCAAACAGUUGCAGUUAAUACAGGUAAUGAGGGGAGAACAGGAGGCCUUCUUAAAGAAAGACUAGUAGGUCUGUGAGAGCUGGAAUUCUUACUGGUUGGUAGGUGAUCAAAUACUUAUGUCAUGCAAAUUAAUUUCUUAUAAAUCAUAGUGUGAUUUUUCUGGAUUUUUGUUUUAGAUUCCGUCUCUCACAGUUGAUGUGUACCUAUGAUAAACAUUACAGACCUCUACAUGCUUUGUAAGUAGGAAACACUGCCGAUUUUGCAGGUUAUCAAAUACUUGUUCUCCCUACUGUACAGACAGACGGACUCGGCCUGAGAAUUGCACCCUAUGGCACCCCCACAGACUGCCAGAGGUCCGGACUACAGGCCCUCCGAUUUGACACAUUGAGCUCUUAUCUGAGAAGUAGUUGGUGAACCAGGCGAGGCAGUCAUUUGAGAAGCCAAGGCUAUUGAGUCUGCCGAUAAGAAUGCGGUGAUUGACAGUCGAAAGCCAGGUCGAUGAAGACAGCUGCAUAGUAUUGUCUUUUAUCAAUGGUGGUUAUGAUAUCGCUUAGGACCUUGAGCGUGGCUGAGGUGUACCCAUGACCAGCUCGGAAACCAGAUUGCAUAGUGAAGGUAUGGUGGGAUAUCGGUGAUCUGUUUUAACUUUUUAUUUAUUUAUUUUAUUUCACCUUAACCAGGUAGGCAACCAGGUAGGCAGGUUGAGAACAAGUUCUCAUUUACAAUUGCGACCUGGCCAAGAUAAAGCAAAGCAGUUCGACACACAAUGACAGAGUUACACAUGGAGUAAAACAAACAUGCAGUCAAUAAUACAGUAUAAACAAGUCUGGUCAACAACUUCGUCUUCGAAGACUUUAGAAAGGCAGGGCAGGAUGGAUAUAGGUCUAUAACAGUUUGGGUCUAGUGUCACCCCUUUGAAAAGGGGGAUGACCGUGGCAGUUUUCCAAUCUUUUAGGAUUUCAGAUGAUACGAGAGGUUGAACAGGCUAGUAAUAGGGUUGCAACAAUUUCUGAGUUUAAUUUUAGAGAGGGUCCAGAUUGUCUAGCCCAGCUGAUUUGUAGGGAUCCAGAUUUUGCAGUUCUUUCAUAACAUCAGCUGUCUGGAUUUGGGUGAAGGAGAAGCGGGGGGGGUUUGGGCAAGUUGCUGCAGGGGGUGCUGAGAUGUUGGUAGGGGUAGCCAGGUGGAAAGCAUGGCCAGCCGUGGAAAAAUGCUUAUUGAAAUGAUCUAUUAUCGUAGAUUUAUCAGUGGUAAGCGUUUCCUAUCUUCAGUGCAGUGGGCAUCUUGUAGGUGCUCUUAUUCUCCAUGGACUUUAGUAUCCCAAAACUUUUCAGAAUUAGUGCUACUGGAAGCAAAUUUCUGUCUGAAAAAGCUAGCCUCGUCUUUCCGAAAUGAGUAUAUUGAUUCCUGACUUCCCUGAAAAGUUGCAUAUCGCGGGGGCUAUUCGAUGCUAAUGCAGAACGCCACAGGAUGUUUUUGUGCUGGUCAAGGGCAGUCAAGCCUGGGGUGAACCAAGGGCUAUAUCUGUUCUUAGUUCUACAUGUUUUGAACGGGGCAUGCUUAUUUAAGAUAGCGAGGAUAGCAAUUUUGAAGAGUAACCAGGCAUCCUCUCCUGAUGGGAUCAAUAUCCUUCCAGAAUACCCGGGCCAGGUCGAUUAGAAAGGCCUGCUCACUGAAGUGUUUUAGGUAGUGUUUGACAGUGAUGAGGGGUGGUCGUUUGACCACGGAUGCAGGCAAUGAGGCAAUGAUCGCUGAGAUCCUGGUUGAAGACAGCAGAGGUGUAUUUAGAGGACAAGUUGGUCAGGAGGAUAUCUAAGAGGUGCCCAUUGUUAUGGAUUUAGGGUUGUACCUGGUAGGUUCCUUGAUGGUUUGUGUGAGAUUGAGGGCAUCUAGCUUAGAUUGUAGGAUGGCCGGGGUGUUAAGCAUAUCCCGGUUUAGGUCACCUAACAGUACGAACUCUGAAGAUGGAUGGGGGGCGAUCAAUUCACAUAUGUUGUCCAGUGCACUGUUGGGGGCUGAGGGGGAUCUAUAACAAGCGGCAACGAUAAGACUUGUUUCUGGAAAGGUAGAUUUUUAAAAGUAGAAGCUCGAAUUGUUUGUGCAGAGACCUGGAUAGUAUGACAGAACUCUGCAGAACAGAACUAAACAAAUGUUAGGGUGCUAACCUUCUUACACUUUCAGUUGACAGUACAUCUAAUGAUUUGGUUGGCAAAUCAACAGCAAUGGACAUUAAAAGGUUCAUUCAUUUUGAGGGGCAAGAUGCAUUUAGUGCACUGUACUGAACAUUUCUUGCAAGUAGGCCUACUGCACACUUGUAGCCCUUAUUCAACUUUCAUUUAUUGGGUCUAGCCUUAAGGGAAUAAUGGUUCUUACAGACUUAUUGAAGGUCUAGGUUUUUAGGCGCAUCAUGGCAUUACACAUGUUGUUAAAACAAAUGUAGCUGCUUAGGUGGGUGUAAUUUGGCUAAGUACAAUAUAGUUAAUGUAAUGGUUUGAUCAACAGGUGGCACAUGUUGGGUUGCUAUUGAACAGGUAGAGUAAAGAGAAGGACAGUGUCUAAGAUUGUCUGCCUCUGAGUGUUUGAAAUAAGUGAGUUGAAAAAAGGAUGGCAAGUAUGAUUGACCAUUGCAAUGUUGAUGACAUGACGUCUGUAAUUUGCAAUAUCCUUUUAUAGUUGAAAAUUAAUAUAUUUUCAUGUGGAAAAUCCUGGGAAUCUGACAUCAGGUAGUGGUCCUCCAUACAAGGCUGGAAUUUAAACUUUUAUACUGCCUUAGCUGCACCUGUAAGACUUUAAGCAGGAUCCGUACAUGCCUUCUGGUUCUGGAAGGUAUAUUUAGGCAGUGCGUAGAGCCCACUAGACAAGUGUCUGGCAAUUUAUUACUUGUUUGCUCAAUUAUCCACCCAAGAGAAAUGUUCAAAUCUCCAUUCACAAAGUUCAGAGGCAUUCUACCCAUCACUUCUGCUCCACUGUUCUGUGGAGAGUAGACCUUCUAUAUACUAUAUCAUUUUCAAACGAGGUAAUGUAUAAUCAGGUGCGAAGUGAUCCCACAUGAAGCUUUCUCUUGAGCUCUCUAGUCUGGUACUGCACUGAUUUCCUCUCUUCUUUCUCUUUCCUACCUGCUUUCCGACUGCCAAGAUCACCUCUACCAGCAACUUGAGAAAAACCGCCUUCUCUCUAACGAACUAAGAGUGGCCUUGAAUGAGGACUAAACAUAGUGUGAAUGUUUCAUCUAUUUAAGUAAUGAGCUUAUUUAUGUACAGUAUUGUAUGUGAUGCUAAUAAUUCUGGAGUUAAGUGUUACUGCUGGAGUAACAAGCUAACAGCAUACAGUACCAGUCAAAAGUUUGGACACACCUACUCAUUCAAGGGUUUUUUAUUUUUUGUAUUUUCUACAUUGUAGAAUAAUAGUGAAGACUCAACUAUGAAAUAACAUGUAUGUAAUCAUGUAGUAACCAAAAAUAUAUUUUAUAUUCUUCAAAGUAGCCACCCUUUACCUUGACAGCUUUACACACUCUUUGCAUUCUCUAAACCAGCUUCAUGAGGAAUGCUUUUUCAACAGUCUUGAAGGAGUUCCCACAUAUGCUGAGCACUUGUUGGCUGUGUUUCCUUCAAUCUGCGGUCCAACUCAUCCCAAACCAUCUCAAUUGGGUUGAGGUCGGGGGACUGUGGACGUCAGGUCAUCUGAUGCAGCACUGGAGUUCUGUUGGGUCAUUGUCCUGUUGAAAAACAAAUCAUAGUUCCACUAAGUGCAAACCAGAUGGGAUGGAAUAUCGCUGCAGAAUGCUUUGGUAGCCAUGAUGGUUGUGUGCCUUGAAUUCUAAAUAAAUCAGUGUCACCAGCAAAGCACCAUAACACUUCCUCCUCCAUGCUUCACGGUGGGAACCACCGAUGCGGAGAUCCUCCGUUCACCUACUCUGCGUCUUACAAAGACACGGUGGUUGGAACCAAAAAUCUCCAAUUUGGAGGACCGAUUUCCACCAGUCUAAUGUCCAUUGCUCGUGUUUCUUGGCCCAAGCAAGUCUCUUCUUCUUAUUGGUGUCCUUUUAUUAGUGGUUUCUUUGCAGUAAUUUGACCAUGAAGGCCUGAUUUCACGCAGUCUCCUCUGAACAGUUGAUGUUGAGAUGAACUCUGAAGCAUUUAUUUGGGCUGCAAUCUGAGGCUGGUAACUCUAAUGAACUAAUCCUCUGCAGCAGAGGUAACUUCCUUUCCUGUGGCAGUCCUCAUGAGAGCCAAUUUCAUCAUAACACUUGUUGGUUUUUGCAACUGCACUGUAAUAACUUUUAAAAGUUCUUAAUUUUCACAAUUGACUGACCUUCAGGUCUUAAAGUAAUGAUGGACUGUUUCUUUUUGAUUAUUUGAGUGGUUCUUGCCAUAAAAUGGAUUUAGCCCUAUUUGUUAAAAGCCGAUCUUCUGUAUACCACCCCUACCUUGUCACAACAACUGAUUGGCUCAAAUGCAUUAAGGAAAGAAGUUCCACAAAUGAACUUUUUAACAAGGCACGCAUGAUAAUUGAAAUGGAUUUCACGUGACAAUCUCAUGAAACUGGUUGACAGAAUGCCAAGGAUGGCUACUUUGAAGAAUCUCAAAUAUUACAUAUAUUUAGAUAUAUUUUUACACUUUUUUUUUGGUUACUACAUGAUUCCAUGUGUUAUUUAAUAGUUUUAAUGUCUUCAUUAUUCUACAAUGUAGAAAAUUGUAAAAAGAAAAACCCUCCAUUGAGUAGGUGUGUAACUUUUGACUGGUACUGUAUAAAUGUAUAAAUCUGGGAUUAUCUCUAAUCUGUAUUUACUGUAUACUCUGACAUACAACCAGGUAGUAUAUACAGUAUUGUUAAUUGUCCAUGUUUAGAGCAUGGGGAAGGCUAUGCUGUAAAAAUGUUUAUUUCCUGCAUGUUUACUGCCAUAGCAUAGUCACAGCAUUUUAGUUUUUCUCUAAAACUGAAAGUGUCUUGCAUUUUAUCUAAUUAUGUAGACCUAACCGUACGAUAUACUUCUUUUGCAUGUUGUGUGAUGGUAGCUUGGAUUUUAAUAUUUUGUUUUAUUUGGUGUCUAACAGAGAAACUGGCACAUGCUAAAGAGGAGAACCUUGAUAUGCACCAGAUGCUGGACCAGACUCUAAUGGAACUAAAUAACAUGUGAAAGCCUGGUUUAU